AUGGCCAUUCUCCUGUAUUUUCUGGAAGCGGAGUGCGGCGUGCUGCUACGGCGGAUGCUGACGCCAGCGGAGGUCCUCCUUCUGCUGCAAGUCAGCAGGUCCUCGAACAUGAGAAGACUGGCGUGGGCCCGAGCCGUUCUGGCAGAUGUGGCCAGGCUACGCAGGGUCCUGGAACCCUUGAGGACCAUGCGACUGCGUUUCCCCGGCUUCGAUCUCCCCGUGAGCAUCAGAUGCACGAAGGGCUGGACUCCGCCAGAUCCCUCGGACCCACUGGAGACCUUGGGUCCCGUCGAGGAUCUGCUCUAUUGGUUGGACGACUUCGGGCUCGGAGGGUUCUCACCCGCCGAAGCGGUGCUGGUGAUGAACGCGUGGCCGAUAGAGACAAGGAACGCGGGCGCGGCUUUGAGCGACCUGCUGGAAGAAUCGGACAGUCACUUCUUCUACUCGGCCAGGCCUGCCGCCUUCCGAAGGACAUUCCGGCCCACGCUAGUAAACGUAGUCGUCUUUUUCACUUACAGAGGUCUGAACACCGUCCUUCAAAUGCAAGACGUCGUCAAUGACGGGAAGAUAGACUAUGCGUUCCAGGUGAUGGCUGCAGGAGCAAAUCCGAAGUCGACUGCAUCCAUCUGCUCCACUCGGAUCCCGUCGCCUUCCAUGUCGGGCAUCGACUACUCCAAGUGGGACCUCCUUCAAAGCAGCAGCGACGAAGAGGACUUCGGGAACCCCAUCCCGCCGCAGUCUCCGCGACAGCCCAUCACGACGGGUCCCUGGGCGGUGGCCGAUCCCUGGCGCAAGUGCAAUCCGCUGGUGCGACGUGAAGUGCUCAGAGAGGAGAAGAUUCUCCACAGGUUCGUACAAGAGCACCCCUGUCCAUCCGAGAAAAGCCUCCGGCGCUGGCUUCGCAGCAUGAGCGGCACGGAGAGAAUCGUUCCCGGAGAGCUGACCUUUGCAUGGGUGAUGAAAGACAUGGGGUGGAACUCCGAGCACUUGGCGUGGUUCCACUACCCGUCCUUCCGGGAGCUCUGGCAGGCGGCGGCCUUGCAAACGGCCGAGGCCUUCACGGUCCAACGCAGUGCGGGCAGCACCUUGUACCAGCGCGGCGGCAAGGAGUGCAUGCAGUUCAACUUCUAUGCGCUGCAGCACGCCAUGUGCGGAGAGCAUUUUCACACGGACGCCCCACUCCCCGUGUACUCGUACGCGAAACGCCUGGAGCACGUCUGGGACGGGAAAGACCACAAAGAUGUGGAGCAGAGCACCGAAGACACCGAGGCUUUCGUUCGCAAGACCUACGAGGCCAAACACUUCACGGCAGUUAAUCCCAACCAUGUUUUCGGUCUCGAGCUGUUGCGCCUGUCUCCCGUCGUGCUCGUCAGCCAUGCGCUCCAUAUCGUAAAAGAGUUGCUCGCCUGGCUGCAUACGAUCGAGCUGCUGCGCCAGGCUUCUGCACCAGGUUCGAAUGCCGUCAAGCAGAGGAGCUGGAGAAAGAAAGGCAGAAAGAAGAAGCACGCGCCAAGAGGGCUGCCGCCAAAGCCGGCCACCGUGGGCCAUUACCGCGUGCCGGAGGACGGCCCGAAGAAGAGAACAGCUGCAGAGCACAGCGAGCAGAACUGCAGUGGCAGCGAGCCGGAGUGGGAGGCGGCACGCGAGGACCUCUGCCAGGAGAAGGUGCUGGAAGACCACCCGAAGAGGAGAACAGCUGCAGAGCGCAGCGAGCAAAACUGCAGUGGCAGCGCGCCGAAGUGGGAGGCGGCACCCGAGGACCUCUGCCAGGAGAAGGUGCUGGAGGACGACCCGAAGAAGAGAACAACCGCAGAGCACAGCGAGCAGAACUGCAGCGGCAGCGCGCCGAAGUGGGAGGCGGCACCAGAGGACAUCUGCCAGGAGAAG